AUGGCAUGGGUAGUUGUUGUGAAGGAAAACCACCUGGUCUCCCCCGGGUUCUUUUUGGACUUGUAUCUGUUCAUCUUACAUCCUCGAGUUCGCCAUUUGCUUGAACUUCCGACGGCAUCCCACGAAUCCUUUUUUUGUUUCGUGGUUUGGGUCAAUCACCGAUGCUGGCAUCAUUGUUCUUUUCUUGAAUCCUUCUUCUUUUUUCUUCUUUCGUUUCUUGCCGGCUGGGUCUGUGGCCUUUUUUCCCCCUUUUUGUUUCUUUAUCUUCCGUCUUGUCGUUGUUGUUGUUGUUGUGGUUGUCCAUCUCCAGCCUUUUUGAAGAACUACCCCGACAAGCAACGACAGCUUCUCCCACUUGAGCGGCAAAAGAUGUUCCCCAAACUCCUCACCACCACCCUUGCGGUCCUCCUCCUCCUCACUUUUUCCCCUCUCAGUGCCCUCUCGGCCCCUACUACAGCGCCAAAACCCCGCUGGUUCGAAACUUAUUCUCAUGUUGCCCGCCGCGCCAUAGUGCCUCAGUCGUAUUAUGAGGUGCUGCAUAUCCGGAGACAGCAGUACGCCCUUGCCAAUCCGAGGUCUAUAGUCAAGGAUGUUGUCUGCCUGGACAGAAAGGCGCAUAUUGUUGCUCAUGACGAAGCCGCUGCCUCGCUCCAGAUUUGCAACGGGAGUAUAGCUGGCACGGGCAGAGGUCAGUACUGCCAGGGCGGGCUGAAGGCAACAGAAGCAAAGGUCGGGACGGCAGUUUUUCGGCUGAAGAGCGUGAACGAGAGGCAGAGUAUCAAUGUUAGUAGGGAGAGGUGGCAAAUGUGUGUGCAGGCGGCUAGGGAGGCUUGUCCUACGGGCGGGUUGAGGGGGGUUUGUCUAGGGGCGGCGAGGUGGGGUGGGAGUGUUGAAUUUGAGUUGGGGAGUGCUUGAGUUUAGGGGAUGUGAAGGAAAAUAGAGAUGUCUCUUUGGUGAUUUUGGACAUGUGUUGGAUGCGGUGAAGAGUUCGUAUCACAAGUCGAGACUUUUCCAUAUACUAGAAGAAUUGCCAAAUUUUCAAAUAAAUGACCCUUG